AACGAUAUCACACCGUUGCAUGUUGCAUCGAAGAGGGGAAAUGCAAAUAUGGUCAAACUCCUACUUGAUCGAGGAGCUAAAAUUGAUGCCAAAACAAGGGAUGGGUUGACCCCUCUCCACUGUGGAGCAAGAAGUGGUCACGAACAGGUUGUAGAAAUGCUGUUGGAUCGUGGUGCCCCUAUUCUUUCCAAAACCAAGAAUGGUUUGUCUCCAUUGCACAUGGCAACACAAGGAGAUCAUCUAAACUGUGUUCAGCUUCUGAUUCAGCACAACGUGCCUGUAGAUGACGUCACUAAUGACUAUCUGACAGCGCUGCAUGUUGCCGCCCACUGUGGCCACUACAAAGUUGCCAAGGUUCUCUUGGACAAGAAAGCUAAUCCUAAUGCCAAAGCACUGAAUGGUUUCACACCUCUUCACAUUGCCUGCAAGAAGAACAGAAUAAAAGUAAUGGAACUUCUUCUGAAGCACGGUGCAUCAAUUCAAGCUGUGACUGAGUCGGGCCUAACUCCAAUCCACGUUGCUGCCUUCAUGGGACAUGUAAAUAUUGUAUCGCAGCUAAUGCAUCAUGGAGCAUCACCCAACACUACCAAUGUGAGAGGAGAAACGGCACUGCACAUGGCUGCCAGAGCUGGCCAAACAGAGGUCGUUCGAUACUUGGUACAAAAUGGAGCCCAGGUGGAGGCUAAGGCUAAGGAUGACCAAACGCCACUGCACAUUUCUGCUCGACUGGGAAAAGCAGAUAUAGUACAGCAGCUGCUACAGCAAGGAGCAUCUCCAAAUGCGGCUACGACGUCUGGCUACACACCCCUGCAUCUUUCUGCUCGAGAAGGACAUGAAGAUGUAGCUUCAGUUCUUCUGGAUCAUGGUGCAUCUUUAUCUAUCAUUACCAAGAAAGGAUUUACUCCUCUACAUGUGGCUGCAAAAUAUGGGAAAAUUGAGGUAGCCAACCUCCUGCUUCAGAAGAGUGCAUCUCCUGAUGCUUCUGGAAAGAGCGGUUUAACACCACUGCAUGUAGCUGCACACUACGAUAAUCAAAAAGUGGCACUCCUACUCUUGGACCAGGGAGCUUCACCUCACGCAUCUGCCAAGAAUGGUUAUACACCACUGCACAUAGCUGCCAAGAAAAACCAGAUGGACAUAGCAACUACACUGCUGGAAUAUGGUGCUGAUGCCAAUGCUGUAACCAGGCAGGGUAUCGCCCCUGUACAUCUUGCCUCUCAGGACGGCCAUGUGGACAUGGUGUCACUGCUUCUUACUAGAAAUGCUAAUGUAAAUCUCAGCAACAAGAGUGGACUGACACCACUCCACCUGGCUGCUCAAGAGGAUAGGGUCAAUGUAGCAGAAGUUCUUGUUAACCAAGGAGCGGCUGUUGAUGCGCAGACAAAGAUGGGAUACACUCCUUUGCAUGUUGGCUGCCACUACGGAAACAUAAAAAUUGUUAACUUCCUUCUGCAACAUUCUGCAAAAGUUAAUGCCAAAACAAAGAACGGGUACACGCCGCUGCACCAGGCUGCGCAGCAGGGGCACACCCACAUCAUCAACGUCCUGCUCCAGCACGGCGCUGCGCCCAACGAGCUCACGGUGAAUGGAAACACUGCUCUCGCCAUCGCUAAGCGACUUGGCUACAUUUCAGUCGUUGACACAUUGAAGGUGGUGACAGAAGAGACCAUGACAACAAUUACUGUUACAGAAAAGCACAAAAUGAAUGUACCCGAAACCAUGAAUGAAGUUCUUGAUAUGUCUGAUGAUGAAGGUAUUAAAAAAUAAUAAAAAA